ACAGAUAGGUCCUGAUCUUUUAAGUUUUUAACAAAUAUAUCUCUGACAAAAUUUAAAUAUAAAAAAAAUUUCUUGAUUUCAACAAACGGAGGACAAUUUAAUCCUUCUAUUCAUUUGCUUCUUAUACACCAAACGGAAUUGGCUGACGUAGUUAAAAUGGUGUCCAGGUGUUCGUUAUGGUGCCACGCUGAAUGGAGGAAAAAGUUCGAAUGAUAAAUAGGUCUAUGAUGAAAACGGCGUCGUUUUGCAAAGAACUUCCUCCCCUCCGAAACGAAACUGAAGCGUUAUUGAAGAAGGUGGAGUAGGAGAAAUAAAGUUCGUAUGCUGAAAAAGUUCAAUCAUCAAUCAAGGUAAGCAAAACCCACAACGUUCAUGACCACAUUCGCGUUAGGGUUCCAUUUAGCGUAGGGUGCGAUGCAUGCAAAUGCACUCUGCCAUGGUUGUUUUCUAUUUCAGUUUUGUUGAAAAAGUUAUUGUGUCCUCAUUUUAAAGUUUUUUAGUGUUCUGUGCAUUGUGGGUUGAUUUUGUUUUUGUUAAACAAUUACAAAUGACUGAUAGAUAUGUGAUUUUUGUUUUUCACCAUGGAAGAAAGUUUGUGAGCAAUGGUAAUGGAGGACUUGUUUAUGUGAAUAGAAAAGUAGAAAAAUUUCCAGAGAUGGACAUAGAUUUUAUCAACUUUGAUGAUUUGGUGAAGUUGUAUGAGGGUAUAGGAUAUCCUGACUACAAGGCAAUAUACUGGUUUGAUAACACGGCGAGUGAUAUUGAAUCUAGGCUUCAUCUUUUAACAGGGGAUAGUGGGAUUUGUGAAUUGUGUGACCAUUGGAUUAAGAAUGAAGAAAAAGAUGAGUUCUAUGUUUACUUUGAUCAUGUUGUCAAUGGACCUGAGUAUGUAGAGGAAGCAGGAGCUGGAAAUGCAGGAACUGUGAAUGUUGAGUGCAUAGAACUAGAUGAUAUCUAUGAUAAUCUGACAACAUCAUCCUCUGAUGACGACUAUGAGAGCACGGAGGGCAAACCUUACAAACAUCCACCUUCGGGGUAUAAUGAUGACAGUGAUGAUGAGGAGAGCAGUGGAAAAGAGAAGCGUACCAAAAAGAAAAGAAGUAUGACUUACAAGGGAAAAAAAGUGCCUUUACCAAAGAGAAAAAUAAAAGAGAACAAGAAGGAUCCACUAAAGAGGAAGGAUGCACCAAGGAAGAAUAGAUCAAAUGUUGUUGGAAAAAGACCUAAUGUACAACCAAGUGUUGGCCCAGUGUAGACCAAAGAGAUGGGCUUUAUUUGAAAUUGGUGGGCCUAGUAAUGGGCCUACUAUACACUCAAACUCCACUGAUUCAGAGUAUGACUAUGAAUACCAUUUAUAGGAUUUACAUACCCCUGUUUCUUCUGAUGAAGAAGCUGAGAAGCAACAUUGGUCCGAGUUCAAUGAUGAGUAUGGAUUUGGAGAAGGCCACUGACAAAUGAAUUUUUGCCGGUAUAGAAAUUAUCAAAUGAUCAAUCGUAGUAUAGUCUAAACCGACGCAAAAUCCUUCAUCAAACAAAUCUACAAUCUAUAUCCGAGAGUACUAUUCUCCCGAGUCGUUCUCCCUUGGAAUUGCCAAAGUGUGCAUCUUAUUGGUUUAGUAAGCCUUGUUGGAAUUCUUGAGGGUUUUUUUUUAGCAAAGUAAUGAGGGACAAACAAUCAAUUAUCAAAAGACUUGGCUUAGGGUUGGCAUUAGAAAUUCCAUCCUUAUAGUCUAUUCAAUGUUGACGACAAUUAGGCCUUGCUUCAUUUAGUUAUCCCCUAGGUAUAGAGGGAAUUCAAAUGAGAGCAAUCAACUUGAGUCACAAGUCCUAGCUUCACCUUAUGGGAA